AUGCGCGCCGGAGACCACCGACUGGGGCUCAGCGUCCUGGCUCGGGUGGGCCCCGGGGUGGAGGGCGAGGCGCGGAGCUUCGAGGUAGGGGUGGGCCCCGCGAAGGAAGGCGGUGGCCAGACGCCCCCGGAGGCGCGGGACUGGGGUAGCAGGGGCGGGAAGGGGGUGGCCGCCGAGGCGGGGGAGUGGGCUGGGCGCACCUCCGUCUCGCCCCCGGGCGCCCGCGUGGAGGCGGGUGUCCGAUCCGCGGGGACUCCCCCGGGAAGCGGGUGGCCGCCUCCCCGCAGGGCGUGCGGUGGGAGUGGGUUGGGAAUCGGCGGCCGCGCUGGGUCUCGGGGGCGACGAGCCCCGCGCUGUCCCCGCGGUGACUGCCGCCGAGGAGACGGCCCCCGGAGGCCCGGGAGCGCCGCGGCCCAACGCGUGUCCGCACGCAGCUCGGCCCAGCCCGAGGCUCCCCGGAGGCCCGCCGCCCCCGCGGAGCGCUCGUGGAGGGCGGGGGGAGUGCGCUGUGGCCACGUUUGCUGCCGGCGCGGCCGGGGAUCCCCGCUUUCUCAGGGCCUGUGCGCGGCGCCCUACUCGCGGGUCCCCGGAAGCAGGCGAGAGGUCCCUCCCGGACUGGGGACCCGGGAGAGCGGAGGGACGCGCCCCGCCGUCUCUCCUCCCUCGGCCGCUCUGAGCCCUGUGGCCGCAGGUCGGGACCUCGAGACCCCGCCCCCGCGGCCCCCGCCCCCGGGGUCGCCCUCCCGCCCCGAGGGUGUCGCCCUCAGCCGCCGCUGCCCGCGGUUGCGCUCCCUUCUCGCGGAGCCUGUGCCCCCGGCCGGGCCGGGCAGCCCCGUGCCAGCGCCGGUGGCCUGUGCGAACGUGCCCGACAUCACGAUGGGGUGGGGGCAUGACAAGGAGCGGCGUCGAAAUACCCGGCGCGCGGAACCAGCUCUGCCUGCGCCACCGACUGGAAGACGUCCGGAGGGGAGUUUGAAUGCCAGCCGCGCGGCCCGUCCGCACCCACAGCUCCCUGACCCGCGGAGGCAAGGCCCUUUCUCCUCCUGCAUCAACUGGAAGGCUGAUGUGUCACUGCCGCAAAAGACCUGGCUUGAGGCCGUGCUCCGCUGAACCCGGCACCGAGGAGCGGGCCGGGCCCGGAGCAGCCCUGUAAUUAAAACCCACCCACAUCUUCUAGGAUUACAGAGCAGUAUCGUUUAUCUAGGAAAUGGAGAACCCGGCAUAGUUGUGGAGGAGAUUAGAAAGCCCAUCUUUAUUUCAACCCCCAAUCCCUUUCAAGAACUCUUUUUGUCAGCAGUAUCCUCGCUCCUUGAUAAAACUGUAAUGUGUGUCAUCCUU